UUAAUACAAAAAAAAAAAAAAAAAUCAGGAUUUAUUGGAAACAUGUCAACAGAUUAAAAUGAAGAACUGGAAGGAGGUGAUCAAUUAUGGAGCAUUUUUGGCAGUUUUUUCUGGUCUCUUCGCGGCAUUAGCAUCGACAUCGGCCAAACUUGUAUUUAAUACCGACAUCGUACAACAGUUCUGUCAAUUAGUCUCAUCUUCCAGCAGCAUCGCAUUAUUUCAAUCGAUUAUCUGCUCUGAAGCUUUGACGAAUGUGUUAUGGGCAAUUUGUGUCGGGUUUGUCAUUCUGUUUAAUGUUUUAAUGUGGACAACUUUCACCAAGGCCCUUCAGUAUUUCUCUUCAACGGUUGAAGCCUCGGCCACAAAUACAGCAUCUAGCUUUCUCUUUUCUGCCAUCUUGGGGUGGAUAAUUUUCUCUGAACAUUUGAAUUUGCAAUGGUUUGCAGGUUUUAUGUGCAUCAUAUCAGGUUUAUAUUUAAUUCAAAAAGAAAACAUUCAUCAAGAAAAAAUUGCGAAAAAAACUGAAUAAAAAUAAUAUUUUCUGUGAA